AUGGUUGAGACGCUCCAGGCUGACGUCAUCGUGCGCAGCCUCUGGAACUACACCCAGGCACAGUCGGGCCUGGAUCACGUAUCGCUGAGCCAACAAGAUCGCACGGUGGAAGCAGCAGCAAGCAAUGCAGAUGACGAGGCACAGACAGAGAUGGCUCUCGAAGGUGCUCUGGUGGGUGUGGCAGCUACGCCUUUUGAGGUGUUCUGCGAGCCCACCCAGACUGUUGACUUCGACCCCCUGCCCGAUGUACCACACAGUGCCUCAGGUGGCGAGGACUUCACUGUGGGCGGUCUGACUGCACUGGUCCAGGAGGUGUCCAUCUGUGAAAUGUCUCCAUCGGCCUCCUCAGCAGCAUCUGGACAGCCGUACCUCGCAGAGCCUCUUCUGCAGCCACGUCAACAAGUGCAGCAGCAGCAGCCAGAACUUAGCAACUUUGAACAUCAGCAGCCUACUGCUGUGCAGCCAUUGAUGGAAAUGCCAGCGCCCCCUGGUGCAGACACCGGCAACAACGUGCCCCUAGCCAAGCGCCUGUUCUCCGUUGCUACUGCUGGGGACCUGAGCACCAUCCUGGAGUGCAGCAAGGAGGACAAGUUGAGUAGCUCGUCCCAGCACUCGGUGGGCGUGGCCACACUGAGCACCACCACUGGCCGACCCCCGGCUGGCGGCAGCUCCGCCCUGCCUGCUGUCCAGGAGGAGCCUGACGACAAUGAUAUUGGUGGUGUCUCCACGGCAACACCAGCACCGCAAGAGAAGCUGCAGGAACAUGGCGAGGGGACCAAGCAAGCAGCGUUGGCCGUGGCCUGCAAGGACCCGUUUUCAGAGAAGCUGCGGUGUACAAUAUUGAACUCGUGGCAGCCUCAGGAGAGCGACCAAGAGCAGCUCCUUGAGUCGUCUGGAAAGUGCCCUGAGCUCAAGGCAGACGCAAAUCACUCUGGGUCCAGCACGACACUCGAAACAAAUGCCAAGGCACCUUCCCAGAUAAAGGUUGUGCUGAAGGCAGACAACAGCAGAACCAGUGCCUGCUGGGAGACCUACAUCUGCUCCGAACUGCGCCGGCGUUUCAGCGAGGCCUUUUCUGGGGCACCUAGUCUAGUGGACCGGUACCAGAAGCAAGGCCGCAGCUGCAUCCCCGAGUGCCUGGUGCUCUACUUUGCCCUCGAGUUACUAACCACUCUGCAAAGGGUGCACAUGUGUGGUAUCAUCCACGCAGACUUGAAGCCCGAGAACGUCCUCAUCGUAGACUUGUGA